AUGUUCAUAUUUUCUAAGCCAAAUAUUUUCUAUAUCUAUCUAUCUAUCUAUCUAUCUAUCUAUCUAUCUAUCUAUCUAUCUAUCUAUCUCAUCCUGGAUAUCUAUCUAUCUAUCUAUCUAUCUAUCUUUAACAGUCUGUUCAUAUCUCAUUCUAUCUAUCUAUCUAUCUAUCUAUCUAUCUAUUUAUCUAUCUAUCUAUCUAUCUAUCUAAAAGAUCUAUUUCCUCAUAUAUAUCUAUUGUAUCUAUCUAUCUAUCUAUCUAUCUUAUCUAUAAUGGAUAUCUAUCUAUCUAUCUAUCUAUAUCUAUUAUCUAUCUAUUAUCAUAUAUCUAUCUAUCUAUCUAUCUAUCUAUCUCAUUCUGAUAUCUUUCUAUCUAUCUAUCUAUUCAUAUCUAUCUAUCUAUCUAUCUUUAACAGUCUGUUCAUAUCUUUUAUCUAUAAAUAUCUAUCAAUCUAUCUAUCUAUCUAUCUAUCUAUUUUUCGUCAUUCUGAUAUCUAUCUAUCUAUUAUAUAUUUUUUAUUUAUCUAUCUAUCUAUUUUUAGUUUGUUCAUAUCUCUAUCUAUCUAUCAUCUAUCUAUCUAUUUAUCUUUUUGCUCUUUUUUUUUUAUUUUGUUAACCCAUCUUUCGUUUUCGGUUUAA